AGGAGAUUUCAUUCAAUGGCUGACACAAAGGGCAGGGGCGGGGCCACUGCAGCCGGGGAGCUGAGAGAAAACCUUGAGGUGAAAAAGAGGGAUACAGGGUCAGAAGGCGGGGAGAAGGAGGGCACGGAGAGGUGGGAAAGUAUCGGGGUAUCCAGGCAGGGAAGGGGAAUAACCAGACUGAGAGCUGCGCUGUGAGAUGGGGCCCUGAGCUGCGCUAUGGACAGAAAGGCUGGAGAGGAUGACUGGGAGGACUCGGGAGCAGAAACAGGGGGGUCAGACUACAGUCGCUUGUCCUCCACAAGUAGUGAGCAAUCGGUAGAAGACAUCCAGGACCCGUUUCUCGUAAGCAUCCAUAUCAUUGCUGACCCUGGAGAAUCCAAGUGUCUUCAAGAAGCUAUUGAUCGACUCUUAGCCUGGAUACACCCCAAUCUGCAGCUGUUCUGCGUUUCAGAGCGACGGGUAUCAAAGAAAAGGAAGCCUUCCAAGAGCUUUGCCUCCCAUCCAGCCCUUGCCGUUAUUCUCUUUCUGCAGGAAGCCUAUGGGGAAGAUCAGAUCCUACACCUACACAAGUGCUUCCAGAAACCGCCUUGGCAGUUCCACCAUACUGAGCGCGUGCAUGGAAAGUUCCUUCCCUACAUGCCUUGCAACCAGGACUUCUUCACCCUGGCAAGUGGCACACCGAUGUGGGCCAUCAGGCAGGUGCAUUACGGGAAGGAAAUAAUCCGCUUUACCGUCUACAGCAGUUAUGAGAACUUUGCCGACAUGAUGAAAAUGUAUGAGCUGAUCUUAAAGAAAAGAGUGUGGAGGAAAAAAACAGAUUUUUGUGUCUUUACAGUUUAUUCAAAUAUGGAUUUUGACAUUGAGUUUUCUCUGAAAAGACUUGUAAAAGGACAAAAGCCAGUGCCCCUGGAAUCCUCGCUGCUUGAAUUCCGAGUGAGAGACUUUGGCCAGCUGAUCCCUCUGUUGCCCAACCAGUGUAUCCCCAUCAGCGAAGGCCGGUGGAAGACUGAAGAUCAUGAUGGGAAUAAAAUAUUACUGCAGGCGCAGUAUCUGGCCAGAAAGACAAUUUGGAAGCAUCAGAACUACUUUUCAAGGAACCCAGCAAUGACCCAGCCACUCUGCAUUGCUCCUCACAACCGCAAAUUCAAAUCCGGCAAACACAAAGGUUGCUCCGGCACUGGCCAGGUUCAACACUUUGGCUCUCAGAUGGACUUCCCUAGAGGACAGAUGGACACGUUCAGAAGUUUAAAGGCUCCCAGUGAAACCGCGCAGGCCUUUCAGCGCAGCAAGUCUCUGUAUUGUUUGCCCACUACCAGCACUUUCCUCUCCUGGGACUCUUUACCCAUGAUUGAGCCACAUCCCUCUUUUGGGCAGGACAUGUAUGAAACCCCAGUGUGGAGGAUCAGCCCCAAGGUCAACAUUGAUGACCUUGAAGGGGUUGAAGAAACGGAUGUCGACACAGGGAUGAAGCUUUCCAGUUCUGAUCUGUCAGUGGUAUCUGCUUAUUCCCCACUGAAUGGUCUGUGCAGUGACUUGGAGGCGUCUCUUCCUUCUCAUGGAGCUCUGUCCCACAGCGAUACAUUACCCGGCAGGCAGAACCGCUCUUAUGAUUCACUACAUUCAAUAUCUGACUUAUCCUCCAGCUCCUGCUCUGUAUUCCCCAGAGCUCCGGGGGCAAGUACUCUAACACAGACCCAGGGGCCUAUCCUCAGCCAUUACCGACAGUCAUCGGAAAUCACAAGUCAUCUGUCAGAAAUGCUGAACGGCGAAGAAGAAUUUUAUAUCUGAGCCUGACCUUUCAAAAACAAUAUUGCUAUAAAAUAUUAAUUUCAUUGUACCGGAGUCUGCGGUCAGAAAAAGAAUUAAUCCAUA